UUCCCAUAUCAUGUAUGGUAUCGCUGCUUGGGGAAACACGUAUGACUGUCAUCUAUCACCCAUUCAGAACAUACAAAAUCAGGCGAUCCGCAUUAUCACUAAUAGCUCACGAUACUCCAGUGCAGGCCAUCUACUCUAAGACAACAAAAUCCUACCUGUUCAAUUCGGACCCGUUCUCCUCCGGGCGAAGGCGCUAUUUGGAGACUUCAUGAGGGAAUGUAAAGAGGCGAUAUUCGCUGUCGCAAAAGCUGUUCCUCCAAAAGCUGUACACGAGGCCACCGAAAUGGCGUGCCGUCUUUAUAGCUCAUGCAAACCACAGGGGAAUAACACACGACCUGAAGUGCUGUACCACUGCAUUCAUGUGGAAUUGCGGAAUGCGAGCCAUUUCGCCAACUUGCCUAGGGGAGACAAAAUUCAACAAGCUGCUCAGAAUUACAUGGUUUGCGGUGAGGGUGUUGCCAAGAAAUAUUCAAUCUCGCUACAAAGUCUGGAUGAUGUGAUGACGGUUGCGUACGCCGCCAUACAUUCUUUUGGCUGGACCUAAUUCAAAAUCGCUUCGUCAUAAUGAUCUGCUAAAAGACAUCAAAUACAUUAUCAAUC